AGACUGAAGGCUGUGACCUACAAACAAGCUUAACUAUCUUCACUUCACCCAGGGUGGGGUAUCAGCAGACAGAUUAACACUACCCCUGAAGGAGCCAUGGUGCCCAGCUAGGGAGGUGGGAGAUAGAGACUUACGGAGAGAUCAAACAGGGGAUAGACAGACAGAGAGACGGCCAGAGGGUGUGCCGGACGGACAGACAGACAGACGGCCAAAGGGAGGGCCAGACAGACAGACAGCCAGACAGAUACCCUGUGGCGGAGGUACAGUAGUGGAGGCACCGUGAUUCUCUUGAGUAAUUAGUCUCUAUCAACAGUAGCUGACUGACAGAGGGUAAGGGGACAAACUGUCCUCACAAAGAACUAAAUAGAAGCUGAAUGACAGACCAAGGAAUGGAGAACCAUGACAAGGGUGGAGGUGAAGGAGGAGGAGAAGGAGACAAGAAACAUCUCCCAGAGGAGGUGAGCGAGAGUGACAAGGAGACCAAGGACCAGCGCAACAAGGCGGAGAAGGGAGAGAAGGAGACAGAGAAUAAUGGCAGUGAAAAGGAGAGGGUUGAGGGGAAAAGGGAAAGCUGUCGUCGCUCAGGCUCCCUGUGGAGGGGGGGCUGGGCCCUGACGGAGCGGCUAGCCAUCAACGUGUCAGGGAUGCGCUACGAGACACAGCUCCGCACUCUGGCCCAGUUCCCUAACUCCCUCCUGGGGGACCCUAACCGCAGAAUUCGCUACUUUGACCCUCUGCGCAAUGAGCUGUUCCUGGACCGGAACCGGAACUGCUUUGACGCCAUCCUCUACUUCUACCAGUCUGGCGGGCGGCUGCGGCGGCCUGCCAACGUGCCCCUGGAUGUGUUCUUGGAUGAGCUGCGCUUCUAUGAGCUUGGUGAGGAGAUCAUGGAACGCUUCAAGGAGGAUGAGGGCUUCCCCAAGGAGGAGGUGCCUGCGCUGCCUGAGAACGAGAUGCAGAGGAAGGUUUGGAUGCUUUUUGAGCACCCAGAAUCCUCCUCGGGCGCACGCAUCAUCGCCAUCAUCAGCGUCAUGGUCAUUGUCGUGUCCAUCGCCAUCUUCUGCUUGGAGACGCUGCCUGACUUCAGGAACGAGAAGGAGCUCCGAGAGAAAUUCACCUACCAGCCCCAUCCUACCCUCCCCAACAUCACCAUCCUGGUCCCUCCCACUGGCAGUGCUUUCCAUGACCCCUUCUUCCAGGUGGAGACCAUAUGUAUCUUCUGGUUCUCCUUUGAGCUCAUUAUGCGCUUAGCCAGCUCCCCCAGUAAGCUCCACUUCUUCAAGGACGUGAUGAACACUAUCGACUUCCUCGCCAUCAUUCCCUUCUUCGUCACUCUGGGCACAGAGCUGGCCAGGGACAAAACCUCCAACAAGGACCCGGGCAUGUCUUUGGCCAUCAUCAGGGUCAUUAGGCUGGUCAGGGUGUUCAGGAUCUUCAAGCUGUCGCGUCACUCCAAGGGCCUGCAGAUCCUGGGCCAGACUCUGAAGGCCAGCCUGAGAGAGCUGGCCCUGCUCAUCUUCUUCCUCUUCAUCGGAGUCAUCCUCUUCUCCAGCGCUGUCUACUUCGCCGAGGCGGACAGCCCCGACACGGUGUUCACCAGCAUCCCCGAGGCCUUCUGGUGGGCCGUGGUCUCCAUGACGACAGUGGGCUACGGGGACAUGUACCCUACGACUCUGGGGGGCAAGCUGGUGGGCUCCAUGUGUGCCAUCGCUGGUGUGCUCACCAUCUCCCUGCCAGUCCCCGUCAUUGUGUCCAACUUCAGCUACUUCUAUCACCGAGAGACGGAGUGUCUCGAGAAAAUCAGUGAGUACACCCACAUCAGCACCUCUCUCUGGGAGGGUGAGGAUGAGGAGGGAGACGAAGGGGAGGGAGAUUACACUCCCCUGUAUGUGGGCGACUGCAAGGGAAUCUGUAACCCCCUCAAUGGGACACUGCUGUCAGGACUGUGUGCGGGGCAGGACGGGUGGGAGAACAAAGGCAACGUGUACCUCAGGGAACCCCUGGUCACUCAGGUGUGAGACAGGAUAGAUUGAUAGACAGAGGAUCUGCUGAAUACAACCCUGGUACUCUGCCUCUAAGCUAAAUAGAGAGAAAGAUAAAGGAGGAUGGCAAAGUAAAGGAGACGAGAUACAAAAAAAAUACUAUUUUACUCAAGGACUUACUUGCACGCUUGCACCGUCAAUGGCUUACACCGUUUACUACAAACAGAACUGAUGAGUCCAUGGCAGAGAUAUUGUGACAGCUUGCGUUUUGCUAAUGUCACUGAGAAUCGAGUAUGAUGCCAUCAUAUUGACAAUAAAAACAGCUGAAACAGAAUGUAUAUUUAUUUAUGAUAUAUUUACCAGAUUGUAAUAACAGUUUAUACAGUACAUACAACUCUAGCAAUUGUAAAUGUUGGUGUUUAUAAGACAUGAGUGAAUUGCAGUGCCAUUUUAUAUGUUAUUGUGUGCUAGCUAGCUAAAUGCACAGGGCCGUUUUGAAUGUGUGUAGAGGGUUGACUAAGGGCGUUUUUACCAUUUUUGUGAACCCAGUGCAGUUUGCAAUUUUUUUUGUGCAGCGUGAACACUCUCAAAGAACUCAGACCCCCUCAGAAGAAGACAGAAGAGCCCCCUAAGCAAACCGAACUGAGAUCAUCUCGAGAGCUGGUCUGAGUUCGGUUCUCUUGAAUUCCGAGGUUUGAUUCCUUUUUUAGGGCAAUGUGAACACAAAGCUCCCCAGGUUCACUUGUCAUUAUUUCCGCACGACACACUAGGCUACUGCAGCAUUGUUUCCCUUGCCGUAACCACUCACAUUGGUGCCACAAAAGAGAGAAGUGGAUGUGCAGGUUCAUGGAAAAAAACCUGAUGUUUUUUUGUAUUGAUUAGCAAUUGUCAAGAAUCCACAGAAAUGUUUAGUUUUUAGUUCAGACUAUUUGUUUGCCAUAUGUGAUCUAUAGGCUAAGAGAGGUUCAUAAACUGUUUAUUUGAUUGUGGGGUUUGUAUAGUGUGAGAAGACAACAACAUGUUUGGUGAGAAUCACAACAUAGGGUCCAAAAUCAAUUCUAGCUCUUAAAAGGGCGGUAGCCUAAAUUGAGUGUACACUUUUCAAUUACAGUAUUAUUUCAUCUGCAGUUAUUCUUCUGCUAUUUAUCCUGUAACCAAUAAUAUUUACAUGUUAAUAGUGUCUUCUGAUUAAAUUUAUUAUUUCUCCCCUUUUUUCACUAAAUGCAGUCUAUUAGCUUUCAAAAUGUAAGCAGGUAGCUGUCCGAUAACACGUUUUGAUGGAAUGUCUUGUCCUGCACUGCACUUUGUAAAACCCUGGAGUGCAUUUUGGAAAAAGAUCUUGGUUACUUUCUAAACAUGGCAAUGCAAAGAGGACUCGGACCACAGGAUAGGUGAAGUGAACUGACAAAAGAGUUGAGUCCUCAUUCAAAGAUCACUUCUUUUAAAGAGGACUAUGUGUAAAAACACUCUGAAUGUCCUGAUGGGACUGGGCACCGUCUCUGAAAGCUAUGGCAGAAAUGCUCUGCAGUGAUAUUGUGGUGACGUGGAACACAAAGAGAUCAGCCUGGGGGCUGUGGUGCAAACAGAGAGCAGCCCUAAGUGUUGGUCCUGGGCCAGUGGAGAGUUUUCAGUGUGUAAGGGAGACAGCUAGGCUGGGUGGCAGGGAAAUCUGAUCCUGGACCUGUCAGGCUUCCAGCUGACCCUUCCUCCCAAUGGCUGUGCAGGGCUAACACUAGUAGAUACCACUGGCCUAAAUCCACACUCACCCCACUGGGUAGAAGUACUUUACUGGUCAUCCAAAGACACAUCCCUGCCCCUGUCCAUGUUACCAUGGUGCCUCAAUUAUCUUGCCUACUUAGAAUGUGUCUUAACAAAAUGCUUUGCACAGUGUUCAGUGUUUAUACUGUGCUUUAUAAAUAUGUUCUUAUGAUCAGAGAUUGUGAGCUGCACAGAUAGUGGGUUGUGUGUGUGCGUCUGUGUAUGUGUGUGCGCAGUGUAUGUGUAUAUGUGUGUGUGGUUACCAGUAUGUGUGUGUGUGUGUGUGUGUGUGUGUGUGUGUGUUUGUGUGGUUACCAGUACGUGGUCUAUGACUGUAUGUGUGUGUGUGUGUGUGUGUGUGUGUGUGUGGUUACCAGUAUGUGUGUGUGUGUGGUUACCAGUAUAUGUUCUGUGUGUGUGUGUGUGUGUGUGUGUGUGUGUGUAUGCACGUGUGUGUGGUUACCAGUAUGUGUUCUAUGACUGCGAACCCUGUUAAUAUUUGUUGUAUUUAAUAAAGAUAGUAUUUUAUCAGUUAUCUAAAUGAGUCCCUGUUUUGUUAACAGAGGGGAGAUGAGUCAGCAGAUGUCCACUUCACCACAAAACAAUUAUCUAAACAACAACAACCAAAAUGUCUUUCAAAAUGUUGACAUAAUAUGUUAAAUGUAUGAUAUUAUUGGUAGGUUUAGACACCAUCUGUUUAACUUGGUGAGAGAGCAGAUAGGAUCAUUUGUGUUCCCACUUCACACGCACCCCAAAGGAAUGAGUUGAUUUCCCUCCUUGCAACUAUCUCUUUAGUCUCUAGAGGUCAAAGCACUCAGUGCAAAUCCUCCUAGUCAUCCCAGUUCAGCGACAUCAUACUGAGGACUCUGUGGUUGCUUCUUCUGAGCCAUGAAGCCAGAAGAAAUAUGUACUGUGUAUUUUGCAGAUUGAAAUAAUUAUGUAAACAAUAACGAAUUAUACAAACAACAUACAUUUUAUGGGACAACCAUACAAACAAAUCCCAUAAGUACAGUGAUUCAUGUCUGUAGUUGUCACGCCCUGACCUUGGAGAUCCUUUUUAUGUCUCUAUUUUGGUUUGGUCAGGGUGUGAGUUGGGGUGGGCAUUUCUAUGUGUUGUGUUUCUAUGAUUUUUUUUAUCUCUAUGUUUUGGCCGGGUAUGGUUCUCAAUCAGGGACAGCUGUCUAUCGUUGUCUCUGAUUGAGAACCAUACUUAGGUGCCUUUUUUCCCACCUGUCUUGGUGGGAAGUUGACUUUCUUUAUGGCACUUAGCCUUAAGCUUCACGGUUUUGUUUUGUAGUGUGUAUUGUUUUGUUCUGCGUCUUUUUCUUAAUUAAAGAACAUUUACGCUCA